UCUUGUCCAUGCGGACUUUGCGAGACGCAUGAGUGUGCUAAAUAUGCCUCCACUGACAGCAGUGAAAUUACAGAUGUUUUUUGCCAUGUGUUUUACACGGGCCUACCAAGAAAUACCUAAGUACCAACACAGAGACCCUGUGACCUCUAAGGUGCUGCUUUGUGACCAGUGUCCACCCGGCACAGCUGUGGAACGCCACUGCAGCAAGGAGGAACCCACUGUUUGUGCCCCUUGCCCAGAAAAACGCUUUGCAGAACAGUGGCAUUGGGGAGACAGCUGUCAACAUUGUACAUCUGUCUGCAAGGAAAGGCAGAUUGUACGAAGGGAAUGUAACAGCACUCAUGACAGGCUCUGUGAGUGUAUACCUGGAUAUCACCUAGUGGUGGAAUUUUGUGUCCGUCACACCACCUGCUCACCUGGCUUUGGUGUCGUUGUGGAGGGCACACCAGAUAGGAACACUGUGUGUGAGAAGUGUUCCCAAGGUUAUUUCUCCAGCACACCUUCAUCCACUGAGUCAUGCAUACUCCACAGAAAUUGCACUCAAUUAGGCCUGAAGACUGUAAGACCAGGUACAGCCACCCAGGAUACUCUGUGUGAGUCUGAAAAUAAAGAGUUCACCUUUGACUGUUCCCAUCAGCACACAGAGUGUCACGCCGACAUUACAUUAUGUGAGGAAGCCAUAUUUCAAUUCCUUACAUCACCACCUUUGGCUUCUGUCCCUGUGGAGCGUCUUUCUGAGAGCCUUCCAGGACGCAAGGUGGACUGGAAGAGUGUUGAGAGGCUGAAGAAAAACUGCAGUCCUCAGCAGCAGGCACUACAUCUGCUUCGUCUCUGGAGAGAACAAAAUAAGGACCAAGACAAACUCCUCAGCAUCAUCCAAGGUGUAAACCACUGUGAGAGGAAAGUAUCUCGCUGUGCCAAUGUAAAAAACCUUACUCUGGAAGACCUGUUAAGCUUGAUAGAGAGUUUACCUGGGGAGAAAGUGAGCGAGGGGGAUGUUCGUGCCAUGGUCCGUUCCUGUCCCUCACAACGUUACAUCCUGCAGCUCCUACACCUGUGGAAGAUUCAGAAUGGAGGUCAGGACCUGGCCAAAGCUUUAUCUCACAGUCUCCGCAAACUAAAUUUGAAAGGUGCCCGCCGACCCCUUCUUAAAAUUCUGAAGAGGAUCAGUCGGAUUAUUAGUGCGUCAUCCAUACACCGUAUGUAUGAGAAGAUGAUUGUUAACAUGAUCCAGGACAACACAUGUUUCAAAACCAAACUGUACAAUGACUAAUUAUACUUUAUCGAAAGACAAUAUAAACAAGUUAUUUAAAUGAAGAGAAGUUGUACAUAGUUUUUGACAAUUGUGAGCUAAAACUGGGCAGGGUUGAUAAACUGAUUUGUUGUGUGGAGAUGUAGAUUUUUUCUUUUCUUUUCUCGUGGCCUGAUAUUCUUGUUUUUAGAGUGGACUGAAACUAAGAGUUUGAUUCCAAAAUGAAGAUAUAAGCCAAGUUCUACAGAAAAAAAAUUAACUUUAAUUCAGGAUAUUGCUUGACCUGCUAAGUCUCUGAAAAUGCUUUAUUGAAGUUGUAAAUAAUGAAAGUUGGUCAUGAAUGUAUAAUACUAUGGAAAGCAGUUAUGUUAUAUUUAACUGUAAUUAUAUGUUGUCAUUUUUUGUUUUGUUUAUAAAAUUUUAAAAAGAAAAUAUUAUUUAUCAAUUUGUCAGAAAACUGGAAUCUAGAAAGGCAGUAUAUCAUUUCUUUUUGAUUUAAGGAUUUAAAUGUAGUUGUGACUGUUUUGAGUAGAUAUUGAUCUUUACCACCACAUAUUCUCAUAUUGAAAGUAUUCUCAAAUGUAUCAGGUCUGCCACAUUGUAUGAAAACAUUUUUAUAUACUUUGUUGUGUUUUAUUGUGGAUGCUGAAGACCCUUUGUCCAUACGGGGACCACUAGGGCUUAAGGGUUCUCAUUUAGUCAUCUAUUGUUAGCCUACCAGACAAGUGCCCAGGGACUUUGCAGGACCAUGUUCUGACCCUGUAACCAUGACAAGCUUGUAAAACUGUGUGCGUUGGAUAUAGUAAUUAAGGUAGCUAAUAAUGUAAUCUUAAUUAUAACUUAAUCUCUCAAACACCCUGCGAUGUGCUUAUUGUUUGAUAUCCAUUUCUCAUUCUAAUAUAUGAC